GCCGGCGCACGGUCGAUAGCUGCCGGGCACGGGCACGGCCAUGAUGCGCGACGCGUGCACGCGCAAGCGGCCUCGACGUGCUGCUGUGUGAGUGUUGUGUUGUUGUGUGGACGCGUGAACGCCUCGCCCCUUGCGGUCGGCGCCUUGUGCUUUCGGAUUAAUUUUCAAUAAUGCAGCUGUCUAAUGGAGUCUAGCUUAGGCGAAAGGAAAGCCGAUUCAUGUCUUGCGUUGCAUCCCCCUGCUAUGUUAUCCGAUACACGUGAAGGCGAGCCCGGGGGCGAGCGGCGGCGGUGCGCGGGCGCGGGCGGUGUGUCGCGCGGCAUGCGGCGCCGCCCGCUGCUGCUGUUGCUGCUGCUGGCGUUACUGCGCGCGCACGGCCUGCUCGCCGCGUCCGGAGAAGCCGAUUAUACAUUGGACGACUCCUUUUGGAGUGAGGAUAGUGCUUUUGGUGACCAACACGAAGAAAAUAAAUCAGAUGAGGUGGAGCGUCUGCUACGGGAGUACCGUCAAAACCAAGAUCUGGUUCGAAAUAUUGGAUCACACUAUUAUCAAAUCAUCUAUCCCGUGCAGCUACGACACCACGAGAAAAUGGGGAUUUCAACCAGAGAAAUUGCACCAAAGGGUCGAGGUCCUGAAUACCAACAGGGGUCACGGUUGCGAUCAAGGACCGGCAAGCACUUUCAUCGUACAUCACUUCUCAUCAAAGCCUUCAAUCACAAGUUUCGUCUUGACCUCGAGCUUAAUACGCAACUGCUAGCGCCGAAUCUGAAGCAAACGCAAUACCUCGCAAAUGGUGCCGAGAGCGAAGUGAGAACGGAAAUUGAGCACUGCUAUUACCACGGCACCGUUAAGGAUUACCCAGGCGCAUCUGCGGCCUUUCAUACCUGCAACGGCGUGUCCGGUGUCAUUCACAUCGGCAACGAAACUUUCGUCAUUCACCCCUUCUACGGCGGCGAUCUAUCGAAGCACCCACAUGUGAUCUUUGAAGCGCGGACGAAGAUGAACCAAGGGUGUGGCAACAGACUCGAACAGCGACAGAAGAAUAGACGUACGAAACACAUCGAAUACAUCCAGACCGUGUUAGCUGAUGAUUCAAGUUACAAAGGAAAAACGUUAGAGUGGUGGCAGACCAACCUCAGUCUAAGAGCCCUCAAGAGACUUAGAAGAGAUGUAAGAGAAACCACGAAGUACAUCGAAACGGCACUGGUGAUAGACAAGGCGAUGUUUGACAGAAGAAAUGGCAGCACGCGGUCUGAAGUUGUCCAUGACGCAAUACAAGUUGCCAAUAUAGCUGACUUGUAUUUUCGCACGCUAAAUACCCGAGUGUCACUCGUCUACAUCGAGUCAUGGCAGAGUGCGGACCAGGCGGACAUCGACAGGAAACAGGACAUCACUCGCGCCAUACAGAAGUUUAGCGACUAUAGCGCAAGGAAACUUUUCAAGAUCGAGAAGGACACCACUCAACUCUUAUCCGGUUUGACGUUCCCUGGUGGUGAAUCCGGGAUUUCCGUGCCGGAUACAAUGUGCACGCCAAAGUCCGUUGGUAUAUCCGUAGACACGAAUACCUACGAACCUCAUCUACUGGCUGGGACGAUGGCACACAUGAUCGGUCAUAAUAUUGGUAUGGGUCACGACGACGGCCGAGAAAAUUGCUUCUGCAGGGAUUGGCACGGAUGCAUAAUGGCGCAGUCCAUUGUUGGGUUGGAAAACGUCCAGCCCUACAAGUUCUCAGAGUGCUCGAAGAAUGAUUAUAUCAACGAGUUGCGGAUUGGACAGGGGUUGUGUUUGCUCAAUAAACCGAAUGAGUUGGUAGUUCAUCGUCAAUGUGGAAACGGACGUCUGGAUGAGGGCGAGGAGUGCGACUGUGGGACGAUAUCUGAGUGUCAGCAUCUGAAUCCAUGUUGCGAUCCCUUCACUUGCAGGCUCACUAAGGAGUCGCAAUGUGCUGAGGGAGAGUGCUGUGAGCGAUGUCAGCUAAAGCCACGCGGUAUCACAUGUCGGGAAGCGACUAACGAAUGUGAUCUCGAAGAAACCUGCACCGGCCUAUCCGGUUCUUGUCCUGUGGACGCUUACCGGAAGAACGGCGAGCCCUGCGAGUCCAGCAAGGGAUACUGCUUUGCUGGACAAUGCCCUACACUGUCCACGCAGUGCGAAAAAAUCUGGGGCACGGGCUCAAAUGGAGCUGAUAAAGAAUGCUUCGAACAGUUCAACUCCAAGGGUUCGGUCACAGGACACUGUGGGCAAGACAAUGGUGGGAAUUAUAUGAAAUGUGAUGCAGAGAACGUGAGAUGCGGUUCGCUGCAAUGUCAAUCCGGCAACAGAUAUCCCGUAGUACCGGGUAUGGACGAAUACUACACGAGAACUGUUAUUACUAUCAAAGGCAAUGAAUAUGAUUGCAAAGCGACCACAGGUUUACCAGAACAUUCCGAAAUUGGGCGCUUGGGGCUGGUUCAGGACGGGACCCCGUGCGGAGACAACCUCAUCUGUGUCAAUCAAACCUGCACCUCUAUCUUCCCGUACAUUGAUCACACCAAGUGCCCAACCGACCACAACAAUAAUGAGUGCUCCGCCAGAGGGACUUGUUCCAAUGCAAACAAGUGCGUGUGUAACCGAGGAUGGACUGGACCGGACUGCUCGCAGCCGGACGCCCUGCCGCCGUCGCCGACGCCCUACGUUCCAGACAACGCUACCAAAGCGGCUUACAACAUGACAAAGAAGGAAACGCCGUAUGAGAACUACCACGGCUCGAACACGGUAUUCCUCGUGGCGGUGCUCAUGUCUGUGGUAGGGGGGGUAUUCAUAGUAUUUGCCCUGAGCGCUCUCUGCUACAGGUCAGUCGUAGUACACAAAAACUUCUCCCUGUGCCUAAGGAAAAAGAGUACGCUACCGAAGUACGACCCUCCGUACGUGAAGAAACCGAUCGCAAAAAGCUUCGCAGCCGGUUCCACUACAUCGAAUAAUUCGCAAGAGGACAUAUCGCUUGACGGUGGGAAGAUGCACGCCUUUAAUAACACGUUUAGCCGCGGAGACUCCCAGCGCGUGAUCUUCAGACACGGGAAUCACAUGUCGGGAGCUGGCAACACUAGCAGAUAUCCAGACCAUAAGCAAAUGAAACGUGUACAUUCCGGUAGUGAGGACGAACCGACCCAUUCUGGCGAAGAAGACAUCGCCUUCAUAGACGUAGCUUCCAACUCAAUGGCAAAACUGCCAGAAAAGGGUAUUCUGAAGAAGCAUGGAUAUGGUGCAGUGGAUGGUAAGGACAAGUGGGCGGAAGACUCGCAGUCCGAGCAGCUGGAAGCUGGAUCACAAUCAGACGGACAGGAGCCAGCAGGGGCUGUCGCAGACAUGGAGUACAAGUUUAAGGAUUUGAACGGCUAUCACGAAAACAUAAUCGUAGCGUUAAAGACAGCCGCCGCCCAGCGAGCAAGUGCUGGUGCUGCCGUCGGCUCUGGAGACCUGCGAGCUCUCCAGGAAUACGAAUAUAAGCGAGAAAGAGCACCCAGCGCUGAGAAAAUCCAUGAAGCCGAUUUGAGAAGACAGCGAGGCGAAGAGGAAGAAGACGAAGCACCACCAUGCGGACCGAUAAGGAUCAGGAACUUAGAAGAUUUGAUCAGACAGCUCGAACAUCACUCCAGCAGACACAUGAGCCCGUCUGGAUCGGAAGAUAUAAGAAUGUCGGAGACGGAAGCCGAUAGACAUUAUCGAAUUGAAGGAGAAGUACCAGCUCGUUGUCGCGGCCGCAUCGGUGCCGGCGAGGAGGAGUCCCGCUUCGGCUACCCGCGGUUCCGCGGCAGCGCGCGUCACCACCCCGCCAUGUUCGCGGCGCCCGCGGCCACGUCCCCGGCGCUUCUGGCACAUGCGCCGCACAGCUCGCACGGGACGCACCCGGCGCACGGGACGCAUGGCGCGCACCCGGGACAUGUCGUCGCGCACGGGACGCACCGUGUCCCGCCGGAUGACGACGCGCUCUACGAAACCGCGGAUACAGAAAGAUUACGCGAUGCACCCGACAGCGAGAGUGAUGAAUUUAUUCAAGCUCAACAACAGUUAGCCCGGUGGGCGAGUGAAGAGGCGGUGCCGGUGGAGCGCGACUACUUCCCCUCGCCGACCUCCCCGCUCCCCCAGCUCGGCUCUCCGCGAUCUCCGGCCAGCUCCGGCAGCGAGCGCCCGGCCGCCUUCCCCGAGUACACGCACUGACCCCCUGCCCGCCACCACUAGCCCUAGGACGCGCGUAGUGGACAUGUGAAUACGUAAUCGUUAAAAGUCAAAUGUAAAUAAUGAAUCUAAUUGCACCGACUUUAACGAUUUGACUGAAAUAAUUAGAUUAUUUAAGAGUUAAAUCGUCAAUCACAAUCCGCGCCGUCGCCGGGUCGCGUUCUUUUAAAUAUUUAUAUUCGUUUUAAAUCAAUACGCUUUAUAUACUCUUAUCUGGGUUCCGGGCCGGCGGCGGGCGGCCGCGCGUCGGAACACAAGUCGGGGUACGCGGCGGGACGCACGGCG